AUGUUCAGCAAAAUUGUAGCUUUCGGUGCGAUGUUGGCCGCUGCCAACGCUGGUUUAUUGGGACAUGGCCACGCCAUCUCUUCCCAAAACAUCAUUCGUCACGACGAACCAAUACACUAUGCCGCUCCCUUGGCUCACUACGCUGCUCCCGCUGUCCACUACGCCGCCCCUAUCGCCCAACAUGCUGCCCCUGUAGCUCACUACGACGGUCACGAUACCUAUGCUCACCCCAAAUAUGACUUCGCCUACUCCGUGGCCGACCCUCACACCGGUGACCACAAGUCUCAGCACGAGAGCCGCGACGGUGACUCCGUCCAUGGCUACUACUCUCUGCUCCAACCUGACGGUUCUGUCCGCAAGGUCGAAUACAACGCUGAUGCACACAAUGGAUUCAACGCUGUUGUACACAACUCCGCUCCUGCUGUACAUCCCGCCCCCAUCCAUGGACAUGCUUACCACCACUAUUAA